AAUUAUGCGCCUAUUCCAUGUUUAUUUGGAUAAAAAGAUUUUGUAUGCUUUCCUGAAUCUAUCAUAGAUAAUUUUUAAUAUAGGACUCCGAUUUUAUAUUGAUUUUUUGGCAUAUUUUUUAAUUUACCUCAAAACGUAAGGGUUCAGUUAACAAUGGAAUCUUACUGAACGAUAGAGCAGACUUAAGGAAAUGCUCGAGAAAGAUUCCGGUACAUGUUCUUUUUUCCCAAUCAGAAAGCAAAAUAGCUUCACGCGUGGUAACGUGCCAAGAGUGGUACUUAACGCCAUAAAGCGCCUGCAUCGUGUUAAACGAAACAAUGACCAACCACGAUGCUAUGAAGUUCCAUUGUUGGCAUUUCAUCGCAAGCAAUGCUAUUUUACGUCCUGCUUUGAAAAAAUACGUGUUACAACUCCUAUUGAGCGUUUCAAAAAAAAAAAAUAUUACUCGAAUUCACGCUAGCUAGAUUCUUAUUUCUCGAGAUAAAGGUAUUUCAAAAAACUGCUGAAAGAUCGAUGUCUCUCCGUCUUUAAUAAAUGUUUAAACAUAUUCAAACAUUAUGCGUAAUUUUUAAGUUCCAUCAUUGUCACAGUAUCGCUAAAUAAAGCAAAUAAUUACAUAAAUCAAUAUUUAACUUUAUGUUUGACGUUUCGUUGCUUUGGUAACUAGUACUAACAUUCUCAUCACUGCUCUUGUCAAGGCAACAUUUUUUAUUCACUCUUUUUACCAUUAUUGACCUUUUUUAUUAAUAAAUUUUAUCAAAUUAUGGCCAAGUCAGCAAGUAUAUAUGAAAAACCUUUACCGCACAUAGGAUUAGCAGACUGGUAUGCUAAGCAAUGGGAACUUCAACAAAAUGCAGCUGCUAGGAGUACAGAGGCGUUUGAAUUAAGAAAUGCAGGGCAAAUUGUUCGUGCGGAAACAAUGGUAAAAACAAUAUGGGACACGUACAUGAAUAAUGUUCGUCUCGCCGACAGAGUAACGGAAUUAUCACGAUGGGGAGAAGUAUUUGGCCUUUUAUUACAUCAAUUAGUCUCCGAAAUACAUUCUUUAAAAGAUGAAAAAUCUGAUGCAGAAAAAGAAUUAGAAAUUCUAAAUGAUCCACUACACGUGACCGCAGAAUGUAUUUCAAUGAGAGAUUGUCGUCGAGGAACAGAACUUACUUACGACGAAGCUGACACAGAAUUAAAGAAGGAACUUUGUGUCAUUGAAAAUGUGAAGAAAUUGCUGACCGACAGAGUACAAGCUGCAUGGGAAAAGUUAAACCGUUUGGAAGAAGUUAGAUUUCAAAUACAAUUAGAGGUUGAAGAUAAAGAUGACACCAUUAAGAUUGAUAAAGAAAAUCUUGGCUUGGAUCGCACGUGUGCGAAUAUCAGUUACAAACCGAAUGCAUUGAAAAUUCCAAAAGACUCUAUAACUUACGACGCUUGGUUGGAACACUGCCAAUCUACUAAAACUUUAGCUGAUAACGAAUUGAGCGAUGUGUACGAUUUUCGUGAAUCUAUGAACGUAAUGAGGGAACGCGCUAGAAACGAUAUCAAGGCACAACAGGAUGUGACAGAUUUCAGUUUGCGCAAAAGAAUUUAUCAGACGCAGAAAGCUCGUAACGAGUUAGAAUGGCAGAAGCUUAAGAUACAAAAAGAAAUGGAGAUUUUACAAAAAGAGAUAGUACGUCUAGAAGAUGCACUGUUGCAUAAGAUUGAUUCUAUAAAAUGCGCACAGACAAGAUUAGAAAAUCGUACUUAUCGUCCUGGUUUCGAACUCUGUCGCGAUGAGGCUGAUCAUGGUUUGCGAAACGAAGCUUUACAUUUACGAGAAACUGAGCAAACUCUAAAGAAAACUUUAGAAAAUUCUAAAGCGGCGUAUAAUAAUUUGGAAAGUCUACUUACGUUGAUCGAUAGGAAUUUAGAUGACAAGCAACAUUCCUUAGCGACAGAUGUGAUGUGCUUAGACAUGAGAGCAACAUUGAAAACGGGAGACAGAACAAGAUUACCUAAUGAAACAGAUCGUAAUAUUGUUCUUACACGUAUGGAAAAAGAAAUACCACUGGAAUCGUAAAUAAUUGCAAUGGCUAUAUGUAAUUCUGUUGGGGAAAACGCCAUUUAAGUAUAUAAAAAGUCCACUUAUAUUAGCAAUGUUUUCAUUGUACACGUAUUAUAGUAUUUAAAUCCAUUGCUUACGUAUUUGUUCGCAACGAAUCUGGAUUAGCUUUAAUUAAACUGUAUUCUGCAAUGAAGGAAUCUGUUAAACUUG